AUGUCAGCUGAACUCGCAACCACCUACGCCUCACUCAUCUUGGCUGACGAGAACGUGCCACUCGAGGCAGAGAACAUUCUCAAGCUCACCUCAGCAGCAGGUGUGGAGGUCGAGGCCAUCUGGGCAACACUCCUCGCCAAGGCCCUCGAGGGCAAGGAUGUCGCUGAGAUUCUCACCAACGUCUCAUCCGGUGCUGCUGCUGCCCCAGCUGCAGGUGCUCCAGCUGCUCAAGCUGAUGCCCCAGCAGAGGAGGCACCAAAGAAGGAAGAGGCCAAGGAAGAAUCCGAUGACGACAUGGGUCUCGGUCUCUUUGACUAA